AUGCGGCUGUGUAUCGUCAAUCCAGCUGGCGGCGUGGGAGCGGCCGAGGAACAGGGACAGUUUGUCGAGGCCCGAGACGAUUGGACAUUCAGCAUGCUUCUCCGUCACCUCGCGGAAAUCGGGCUUCUUUCUUUUCCGGAUAGAGGGCCGUCGACAGCCCCGAAGGGACUCUCGGACCGACUGCCUCCCAAUGUGGCGCUGACCAGCGACGGAGUGGUUUUCGACGUGAAAAAGAGACUCGAGGACUACGCGAUUCAGCCAGAGACAAAGCUGUACAUCAGCAGCGCAACCUACAGCAUGCCCACAAGGCUCUUUGUCAUUCUGGCGGAAACCGGAGACACCUACGGAUUUGAGGUGUUCUCUGCGGAUCGCGUGCAAGUGUUGAUGCGCCUCAUCAAGACCCGGUUAGGUGUCGAAGAAGACGGCAUGAUUCUCGUGCACAGAGGCGCGCGCCUGGACCCUGAGAAAAGCCUCCAGGAUCAGUGCGUUUGCCGGGACGCUCUCGUCUAUCUCCUCCUGACAUCUCAAGCGCCUCCUGUGCCUCGUUCGCCCCCGCCUCCUGCGCCUGCUGGCGGGGUCCGAGGGAAGAACCCGGGAACUCCGCGAGGCAAAGACGCGAAAGACGCAAAGAAAAAGCCCGAGGCGAAGAAGGGAAAGAAAAGCAAGUAA